UGGAUUAUAUCCCACAUGGCUGAGGACCUGGUGGGGAAGAACAUGGCUGAGAGAUUGGUGGGGCAGAACAUGGUGGAGGACCUGGUGGAGAAGAAGAUGGUGGAGGACCUGGUGGGGAAGAAGAUGGUGGAGGACCUGGUGGAGAAGAAGAUGGUGGAGGACCUGGUGGAGAAGAAGAUGGUGGAGGACCUGGUGCGGAAGAAGAUGGUGGAGGACCUGGUAAGACAGAACAUGGUGGAGGACCUGGUGGAGAAGAAGAUGGUGGAGGACCUGGUGGAGAAGAAGAUGGUGGAGGACCUGGUGGGGAAGAAGAUGGCGAAGGACCUGGUACUACAGAACAUGAGGGAGGACCUGGUGGAGAAGAAGAUGGUGGAGGACCUGGUGGAGAAGAAGAAGAUGGUGGAGGACCUGGUGGAGAAAAAUAUGGUGGAGGACCUGGUGGAGAAGAAGAUGGUGGAGGACCUGGUGAAGAAGAAGAUGGUGGAGGACCUGGUGGGGAAGAACAUGGCUGAGAGCUUGGUGGGGCAGAACAUGGCUGAGGACCGGGUGGAGAAGAAGAUGGUGGAGGACCUGGUAGGGAAGAAGAUGGUAAAGGACCUGGUGGAGAAGAAGAUGGUGGAGGACCUGAUGGAGAAGAAGAUGGUGGAGGACCUGGUGGAGAAGCAGAUGGUAGAGGACCUGGUAGAGAAGAAGAUGGUGGAGGACCUGGUAGAGAAGAAGAUGGUAGAGGACCUGGUGGAGAAGAAGAUGGUGGAGGACCUGAUGGAGAAGAAGAUGGUGGAGGACCUGGUGGAGCAGAACGUGGCAGAGGACCUGGUGGAGCAGAACAUGGUGGAGGACUUGGUGGAGCAGAACAUGGGGGAGGACCUGUUGAAGCAGGACAAUGACAUUCCUAUUUUCUGUAUAGAAGAAGAGCUAAGCCAACUUACAGCUCUGCAGUUAUCCAGCAGCUCGGAAUCGGACUCUCUCAGUGAGGGUGAAGACAGUCAGAGGCAGCUCCAGCAGUUUGUUGACCUAUCAGAGAAGUUUCUGGAUGAACUCACAAUACUCGAAGCCAAGUAUGAGGCUGAGCAAACAUGCGAGGAGCGGGCGGAGGAACACUCAACUCAGGUCCAGGGGGAGAACAAGAACCUGAACUCAAUUGAUACCGAAGUUAGUACCACCAUGUUAAGCAAGCAGCCAGAAUAUGUCCAGCCCAUGGUUAGAGGCAACCAGAGUAAGACGGAGGUUGGCACGGAUGCUUCUCGUGAGGACCAACGACUCAUUGAAGAGACGAAGAAGAACGUCCAGAAUUUGUCAGAAGAAAAGGAACAAAUCUCAUCUGAACUGAAAGAGCUAAAAAUGCUGACAAAAAAGCUAAACAAGGAGCUCAAAGAGGAGAGGCUGGAAAAAGAAGCCAUAUGCGCAAAACUUGGAAAAAGUCAAAAUAAGUUUUUAAAGCUGAACAGACUGUCGCUUGCGGUCACCCGGGAAUAUGCCGACGCUCUGGACCAGCUAGAACUGGAGCAAAGCUUAAGACAUGAAGCGGAAAGCUAUGCAAGCAAGGUUCUGAAGGAGAAGAAGGCCAUUUCCAGGCAGAGUAUGAUCCUAAUGCAGAACGUACAACCCAAUGAGAUGCUGGUGAAAGCUCUGGAUGAUGUCCGCUCCAUGACCACGACCCUGGAAGACACCAAGCGAGAACUGCAGACAAAGGUGGUAAGUUUAGAGAAGGAGUUAUCCGAGCGGCCAACGAAAGAGGAAUUGCUCGCCAUCCAGGAAGAUCUGAAAGUAACAAACGCAGCCAAAAGUCAGCUAGAAGAAGAAGUGAAGGUAACGAAGGAGAAGUGCACACGUCUAGAAGAAAGAGUUAAAUCCCUGGAAAAAGAACUGGAGAGAAAAGAAAUCUCACCUAACUCAGUGGAUAAUGAAUCGGAGGUGGCAUCACCUAUCUCACCGCCGCCGCCUCCACCACCGCCACCACCACCAACGUGCCCUCUUUUCAAGACUCCUGAAGACCCCCUGGCAUUAAUAAAACAGAGAAGAGGACAACAGGGGACGGAGGGGUCAGCAGUGACUGCAGGAGGCUCCACCAGAGAUGAUGCCGUGAGAGAAAUGAUGGAAAGAAUUAAGAGCGGAGUGAUCCUGAGACCGGCCCGGAACGAUAGAAAGAAUAAGGCGGAGGCGACCAAACGUAAGAGCGUCAUCUGUGAGCUCCAGGGAAUGUUGAUGAACACCAUAAGAAAACCAAUGCAGAAACAAAGCCGCCGCCGAAUGAGUCGCAAAGCCAAGGAUAGCGAACUGGAGUCGGCUUUGCAGAGACGUCGACGGAUAGUAGAUACUCCUCAAAAGGCUGGAAGUAUAAAGAACAGAAUAGCACAUCCCGAGAGUUCGGAGAAGAGUAUAAUUACAGAGGACCCGCAGCCUCCCCUGAAGACAUUAUUGGAUAAUAAGGAUACGCUCAGUUCUGAGAAGCAGAUUCAGAAAACAUUGGUCCAACAGAACAGCCAGAAGAGGCACACAGAGGCCAGGCUAGUAACAUGGCAAUAGCACAAGGCACAGAUGUAAGGACAUUGUUGGAGUAACAAACCACUGAAUACCAGUGACAGGGACCGAGGGGUAACCAAGAAGACACAUCUAGGGGCCUACAGGGGACUUCAACUAUAAUGUCCACCUUGAUGAUAUUUACUGUUUUGCGCGCCCUUCUGCCCCAUUCUUGUAAGAUGAACACAUAACAUAAAAUAAAC